AUGACCAUAUUCACUCCCAAACCACAUAACAAACCAUGCUUUUCCCCUCAAACUCAAAUUCUCAGAACUAACUCACACAACCCUUUCAUCAAAACCCCAUUUCAACGCUUCCAUUUCACACCUUCCAAACUCAUCCACAGACACAGAAUUGUACUUGUAUCAUGUAACAACACUCAACAAAAAGAUACCAAAGAAAGCCACAAUAAAGUGACCAAAGCCAAGUCCAAUACUCUCACCGACCUUGACAAUGAUGUGGAGGAACAACUACAUCUAGACGGUUUUUCUGGGAAUUGGCCACCAUGGAAGAAUCUUCCCCUAAGAUACAAACUCAUAGGCACUACUUCACUUGCUUUCGUUAUAUGCAACAUGGAUAAGGUGAAUUUGAGUAUUGCAAUAAUUCCGUUGUCGCAUCAAUUCGGAUGGAGCUCAUCAACGGCUGGGUUGGUUCAGUCUUCAUUCUUUUGGGGUUAUGCAUUGAGUCAAUUGCCUGGUGGUUGGUUGGCCAAGAUUUUUGGUGGCAGAAAAGUUCUUGAGAUUGGAGUGCUGGUAUGGUCAGUGGCUACAGCUCUUGUUCCUCUUCUUGCUGGAUAUUUACCUGGCUUACUAUUGACAAGGAUUUUGGUUGGAAUAGGUGAAGGAGUUUCACCAUCUGCUGCUACUGAUCUCAUUGCUAGGUCAAUACCAUUGGAAGAACGCUCACGGGCAGUAGCAUUUGUUUUUGGUGGCUUGAGUGUAGGAAGUGUUCUGGGGCUUCUUUUCGCUCCUCCCCUCAUCCAAAAUCUUGGUUGGGAAUCAGUGUUCUAUUUAUUCGGUCUCUUAGGGGUUGCUUGGUUUUUGGGGUUUCAAUUUCUCGAAGACGGUGAAACACAGUUAGCUGCCAAAUCUUAUUCAUCACAGGGUAACACAACACAAUCAUGGCAAACUUCUCUAACAGAAAUGAAUAGCUCUUUGAAGGAUGUACCAUGGAAGGCCUUUUUCCGAAGUCGUGCUGUAUGGGCAAUGAUAUAUGCUCAUUUCUGUGGUAGCUGGGGUCACUAUACUUGUCUCUCAUGGCUUCCCACGUAUUUUAGUCAGGAGCUGGACCUAAAUCUGACAGAAGCCGCAUGGGUGUCUAUUCUUCCUCCUCUGGCUUCAAUAUUUGUGACAAGUAUAGCGUCACAGUUGGCCGAUAGCUUGAUUUCAAAAGGAGUUGAAACCACUACGGUUCGAAAGAUCUGCCAAUCAAUUGCAUUUUUAUCUCCUGCAGUCUGUAUGACUCUUUCAUCGCUGGAUCUAGGAUUACCGCCUUGGGAGAUUGUGGGCCUUCUCACAGGUGGUUUAGCCCUCUCAAGCUUUGCGUUGUCAGGACUUUAUUGUACCCAUCAAGACAUCUCACCAGAAUAUGCAAGUAUACUUCUGGGUAUAACUAAUACCGUCGGGGCUGUACCUGGAAUUGUAGGUGUAGCCCUCACCGGUUAUCUUCUUGAUUCAACUCAUUCAUGGAGUAUAUCACUAUAUGCACCAUCAAUCUUCUUCUAUUUGAGUGGGACUAUUGUAUGGUUGGUGUUCGCCAGCAGUAAGCCUCAAAGUUUUUCUGAGGAAAACUGA